AUGAAAUAGAAGGAAAAUAAUGAAAUAGAUGAACUUCUAAUAUUAACACAGAAAUCGAAAUUGUUAGUGCCAUAAUUUAAGCGAAUCCAAUAAUAAUGCGAUUUGUAUUCCAUCAUAUUACAACCUAUAGUUGUUAAAAAUAAAUGGCUAAAUACUCAUGUCCUAAAUGUAAUAAGAUGCAAUGUUCAUUGGACUGUUACAAAACUCACAGUGAAACAUGCACAUCUUCAUUCUAGAAGGAGCAUGAGAUAUAGAAGAUGAAAGGGUUGAAGGCUUCCUUUGAGGAGUAAAUUGAGAUGAAAAAAGCUCUUAAUCAAUUCUAUGAAGAAGUAAAUUAAAAAUGUAAUAAAGUCUAAAGAUGAAAAUAUUGUUCCAAUGAAUGAGGAGGAGAUAAAUGAAAGAUGGGAAGAAUUGCAAGAAUUGUGUGAGCAAGGUAAAUUGAAUUUAGAUUAAUUGACAUUGGCUGAAUAACAUGAGUUUGCAAAGUUUAUUUAAGAAAUGGUAAUAUAAGAACCCUGGAUUCCCUGGUGGGAAGUAAAUGAUGUAAAUGAUUGAUAAAUAUACAAGGGAGUAUUUUCAUUAUAUGUUGAUGAAUUGGAUUAAAAUUAAAAGACAAACAAAGAAAUUCAUCAAAAUCCUUACCUUGAAUUUAGAUCAACUCUAAAGUAGAAAAUCUAAACUGUGGUGCCCUUCAAUAAAUUAUGUAAAAUCUAGCAUGAAGAUUUAAGAAAUCAUCUAUUUAAUUUAAUGUAAUUUUUAUAGUUAUUAUUUCAAUUUAGUGCUUCGAUAUCAAUCAUAGCUAAGGUUCUAGAUGGAGACAUCAUUGAAUUGAAUAGAGAAUUCUAUAAUAUGUUCACAAUUCUCAGCUACACUAUGGAUGACAAUACUUCAUUGAUUGGAAAUUUAGAUCUCUCUUACAAAAAGUUAAAAGAACAUGCUCACAAAGUAGAUAAAGGAUUAAUUUUACCAUAUAUUAAUAGGGAGGACUUAAUUAAAAUAUUCUCAAACAAAUUUUUUGUUAUUGAAAUUUUGUUUUAUGCUUAUGAUGCCAUUCAUUCAAUUGAACAUCAAGCAUAAAAUGAAGACAAUACUGAUUUUGCGGAAUACAAAAAGUUGAUAAAAACACUAAAUCUUAAAAAAUAAAAAUUGCUGUUUUAUAUAUCUUAUGCUUUAUCAAAAAAUCAUGAAUUCUAUUAGCAAAUAAGAACUUAGAUCAAAGAAUUGAAUGAGUGA